AUGCCGCUCCUCCUCCCCCUCCUCAUGCUGCUCGCCGCCGGCGCGGCGGGGGCAGAGUCGGCGACCCCCUCGCUGCACAUCGGCGUCAACUACGGCGCCAACGCCGACAACCUCCCCUCCCCGACCUCCGUCGCCACCUUCCUCGCCACCAAGACCACCAUCGACCGCGUCAAGCUCUUCGACGCCAACCCGGCCUUUAUCUCCGCCUUCGCCGGCACGCCCAUCUCCCUCGCCGUCUCCCUCCCCAACUCCGCCCUCCCCGCCCUCGCCGACAAGGCCACCGGCCUCGACGCCGCGCGGUCCUGGAUCCGCGCCAACCUCUCCCCCUACGUCCCCGCCACCAACGUCACCCUCCUCCUCGCCGGCAACGAGAUCCUCCUCUCCACCGACACCAACCUCAUCCUCUCCCUCCUCCCCGCCAUGCGCCGCCUCGCGCAGGCCCUCAAGGCCGAGGGCCUCACCGGCGUCCGCGUCACCACCCCGCAUUACCUCGGCAUCCUCGCCCCCUCCGACGGCAUCCCCUCCAACGCCAGCUUCCGGGCGGGCUACAACACCAAGCUAUUCCCGGCCAUGCUGCAGUUCCACCGCGACACCGGGUCGCCCUUCAUGGUGAACCCUUACCCCUACUUCAGCUACCGGCCGGAGACGCUCAACUACGCGCUCUUCCGCCCCAACAGCGGCAUCUACGACCCGGCAACGAAGCUCAACUACACCAGCAUGCUGGACGCCCAGAUGGACGCAAUCUACACCGCCAUGAAGAAGCUCGGGUACGGAGACGUCGACAUCGCCGUCGGGGAGGCCGGGUGGCCCACCCAGGCGGAGCCCGGGCAGAUUGGCGUCGGGGUGCAGGAGGCGAGGGACUUCAACGAGGGCAUGAUUCGGGUGUGCAGCAGCGGCAAGGGCACGCCGCUGAUGCCCAACAGGACAUUCGAGACCUACCUCUUCUCCCUCUUCGACGAGAACCAGAAACCAGGGCCAAUCGCCGAAAGGCACUUUGGCCUCUUCAACCCGGACUUCACGCCCGUCUACGACCUCGGACUUCUCCGGGACGGCGCGUCUGUGGCUCCAACCCCUUCGCCAAAUCCAUCGCCCAAUCCGAGCCCCAAGCCCUCGCCGUCGGGAGGCGGGAAGUGGUGCGUCGCCAAGGACGGCGCCAACGGGACGGACCUGCAGAACAACAUCAACUAUGCCUGCGGCUUCGUAGACUGCAAGCCCAUACAGAGCGGCGGCGCGUGCUUCAGCCCCAACAGCUUGCAGUCUCAUGCCUCGUACGUGAUGAACGCCUACUACCAGGCCAACGGCCACACCGACUUGGCGUGCGACUUCAAGGGCACCGGCGUCGUCACCUCCAGCGACCCCAGUAAGGGGGUUGCAAGUACGUCUCCUGACGGUACGCAGCAAGCCACGGCAGUACGAGGGCAGGGGGCCCAGCCUCCAGCCCACUACCAUCUCCAGCUCGGAGCCGCGGUGGCGGCAGCGACGCAGGACUGCUCAUACUGCCGGGCUUGCGCCAUAUUCUUCUAUACUCGUGUCUGA